GCAGCUCCAGCUCUGGAUCCCAAAACCCAUUUCAAGGUAGUAGUACAUUUUAGUCUCCUGAAACCCCAUACCAUUUUCUAGGGUUUCAGCAACUAUUAAACCUCAAGUACUCACUUUUUUCGAGAUUUCUAGAGUCUUCUGAGACAAUAAACUGACAGCUUCAAUUCAGUUCACAUUUAAGCUGUCUUUAACUCUUCUAAAUCUCAUUCUUAAAAUCUAAUUAUGUUUUUACUAGAUCUUAAAUUCCUCACCUAAGAACUGAGUUUUUCUCAGUUGCCGUUGAAAAACACAGUUCUAGAUCUUAUAUUUGAAGAUUAUUUAUUUUUAAUGGAGUUCAAUUGGAGAGUUAAGAUUAUUAUUAUAGGAACAGUAUCAGGAAUAUCUUUGAUCAUUCUACUGUGUUUGAUAUACUUAUGUUGUCGAAAGAACUCGGCGAAAGAUGAGUCUGGAGAGAUGGGAAAUUCUGAUUUUGAUGAGGAAGAAGAAGAUGAAGAAGCGGUAGAUGAGAAAAUGGAGACGGAAGAAUUGAUUAGUUUUCCAGGUGGUGAGAAUAUGACUGUACAUGAUAUCUUAGAUGCACCAGGAGAAGUUGUUGGGAAAUCAAGUUAUGGGACAUUGUAUAAAGCUAAUUUGGAAAGAGAUAAUUCUGUGAAAUUGCUUAGGUUUUUAAGACCUGCUUGUACUGGUAGAAUGAAAGACAAUUCUGGUGUUAUUCAGAUAGUUGGGUUUGUUAGACAUCCUAAUUUGGUUCCUCUACAAGCAUUCUACUCCGGGACCAGAGGAGAAAAGCUUCUUGUUCAUCCUUUUUAUGGCCAUGGCAAUCUUGCUCAGUUUCUUCGAGAUGGAAAUGGUGAAUCACACAAAUGGCCUAUUAUCUAUAAGAUUUCACUUGGUAUUGUAAGAGGACUAGAUCAUCUCCAUACUGGAUUACAUAAGCCUGUUAUCCAUGGGAACCUCAAGUCUAAGAACAUAUUGUUGGGUGGAAAUUACCAACCAUACUUGUCAGAUUUCAGUCUCCAUCUCAUCUUAAAUUUAAAAACUAGUCAAGAAAUGCUUGAAGCUUCUGCUGAUCAAGGAUACAAAGCUCCCGAGUUGAUCAAAAUGAAGGAUGCAAGCCAGGAGACUGAUAUAUACAGCCUCGGGGUAAUUUUACUCGAGAUAAUUAGUGGGAAGGAGCCUAUCGAUGAUAAUCCACCACCCAACCAGGAUCCAUAUUUGCCAAACUCCAUGAGAAAUGCUAUCAUUGAUCACAGGAUUUCAGAUAUAUUCCAACCCAAUUUAUUUCGCAGCCAAAAUAAUCAUCCAAAUGCAGCUACUGAAGAAUGUCUACUUGUGUUCUUUCGGUUGGCUAUGGCUUGUUGUUCUCCUUCUCCCUAUUUGAGGCCAGAUAUCAAGCAAAUUCUUAGUAAGCUUGAAGAAAUUGGCCAAUGAGGCUUCUCUGAAUGAUGGAAAAUUUUAAUCUUAAUGGUAGUCAUCAGCGGUGUAUUCGAGCGGAGCAUUGAGAUAAAUACCUGAAUUAUCUAACUUUGACAUACUACUUCAGCAAUAACAACGGCAGAGACAAAGAACUUAUCGAUGGGUAAGAAAAUGGUGUUUCUGUCUCAACUCUCAUGCCCAAAGUUGAAAAGUUGUGGCCUUCAGGGAAGAAUUAUGGUUCCAUGGAUGUUUGUUGAGAAAUUGGAUCAAUUGAGAUUCACCAUUUUGUUUAUUAGCUCUCGAUCAAGUGUCAAGCAUCUGAAUCGAUUUUGGGUUGCAGCUUAGUCUAUAACUUAACAAAAAGAACAGGGGAACCCAUCUUAUCCAAGUACCUAAGCAUGGUUUCAAUAAUACAUUGAACCAGGAGAAGUUUAUUUGGAGAAUGAACCACUACCAGAACUGAGGUAAAUUCAUAAACAACUAAAGUAACCACUAAUCAAUAGUCUUUAUUGAUUUUUAUCAUCACCUGUCUUUUCUAAGUUGAAUACAGUAUAGUCUGUAAAUAUUUUCUCAUCUUCUUAACUGUUCAACUUGACACAACUGAUAUGAUAUGAUAUGAUAUGAUGGUGUAGUAGUUCAAUCUUAUUUAAGCCUAAAAGGUGAUUGCAUUUUAGCAGUUAUGUUUUCUUUUCCCUUUUCAUUUUUUUGUUGAUUAUUUAUUCAGCUUGAACAUAGUUACAGUUAAUAUACCAAGCUUUUUUUGGUUGUGUAUUUCUCUAGUGAUGUUAAAUACGGACUCCGGCAAAAACGAAAAAGUGAAAGUAUCACUUUUCCUAAGACUGAUGUAGUAAUAUUUUCAUGUCACAGGAACCAAAACCAAAUUAUAUACCAGUUGAAGUCUUUGACUAGAUCAGAUCUCCCAUAUUCUUAGUGGUGGGGGAUUCUGUAGCCAAGUCCAUGUAUUCAUUUAUUUUCUCACAGACUUGGACAAUUAUUAGGGAUAUUGAAUGAAAUAGCUGAUUUUUCAAUCCUUGGAAGCAUACUGCCAGGCAUGUGGUAUUCAUUUCCUUGGUGCAGAAACAAGAAUUGGAGUCAAUGUGUCUCCAACUAUCAUCCAAGAAUUGGUAUUUGGUAACAUAAAUAUGUCAAGAUUUUGA